UCAUUGUAUAUUAUACGUAUGAGUAUAGAAAAUGGCAGAUUGGCAUUGUUUCUGAUUCUCCCACUUUGUUGUUUGUAUGUUUUUAGCAGCAAUGUCUUCUCUUCUUCCAUCUCCAGUUUCAUCAAUAUUCUCAUCAACUGGUUUCAUCAGAAAAGGAAGGAGUGUUGGCAGAGCUUUAGUGAUGAUGAGAGCCAGCAAUCACCAUGAUUCAAUCAACAGUUCCACAUCUCCUCUUCACACUGCAGGAUCACCAUCUUCCAAGAACAGGAUUAAGGUCUAUGAAAAUCUGUCAGAGGGUGUUGUCUGUUACAGAGAUGAAAAUGGGGAGAUAAUAUGUGAAGGGUAUGAUGAAGGCCCAAGGCUUGAUUGCCACCAAGUUUCUAGUUUUUCUUGUAAUUCAAGGGUUGCAGAAAUGGUUGAUCUUCUGGAAAGGAGUUGGCUAAAGGUGGAGGAGAGAAAGGAGCAGUUGAUGGGGGAAAAGAUGAUGGGAUGUGAAACUCUCUGACUUUGUUAAUUGUUUACAGAGAGUUGGCUCUGCUAAUGAUCAAAUGUAAAGAUGAAGAUUACAACUUAAGGCUCGUUCAACAACAUAUUUUUCGUCUUGCUUUAAUUUAGAUUGUUAAUAAACAUGUUCAAAUCUAAUUCAAUUUUUGGUUUUCCUUGUGACAAAA